AACAAUGCCCAGAGCAGCCUGGCAUCCUGUGCUUCUUUUACUAAGUGGUUAGUUGCCUGCCCAGAAGAUAUCAACACCUUCUGCCAAAGAAAUGUGAAAAGAGUUGGACACGUGCUAUUUGGAGACUAUUCUCCUAGUAGACAUCCAGGAGAUCUCCAGGGAUCUGUUUCAGCCUCACAUAUUUACUGCAUCAUGAAAAGGAGGAAGCCCUACUGAAGUGAAUUAAAGCUUUGUCUUCAUGCAAGGACUGUGGCUUGGCCCUGAGUUAAGCACAAUGAAGAAGAAUGACAGGAAGUCUACCACUAGGACCAGUGAGGAAGACGCCACCUGUGACCGACACACCCUCAGUGCAGGGGAUCUUCAAAAUAUGUUGGGUGAAGGAGAGUAUGCACCUUUUGUGUCUCCUCCUAUGUUAGAGAGCAAUUUUAUUCAGGUCAACAGAAGAGGUGAAUCCAUUUACCUUCAUAACCGAGCCAACUGGGUGACUGUAGGCAUCUGUUCUUCCUGGCAAACCCCCCAGACCCCCAAUGUCAUGCUGCUGGCACAUCUGAAACCCGCUGCCCCAGAAGAUGCAGAAUCUCUGUUUGAAAGUCUUCUGACAUCUCCUUCUCCAGAGAAAGUGGUGCUCACCAGGUUUCUUCCUCUGCAGUUUGUGACUCUUACUGUGCAUGAUUUUGAUAAUAUGCGCCUCAAAGUAAAGUUGGUGAGCGGUCGAGCCUACUACCUACAGCUCUGUGCUCCUGCCCACAAAGAAGACACCUUAUUUUGUCAAUGGGUGGACCUCAUCUCCUUCUUGAAUCAGGAGAAAGCCAAAGCUUCCAAGAUAUCAGGAGUCUCAAGCCUCUCAGAAAUCACAAAUAGUACAGACAUCACAGGCUCAGUGGACAUCAUGGAUAUUGCAGCGAUCACAGAUAUAGGGCCCUCACAUCUGUACACAUGCACGGAGCCCACCCAUGUCAUAGAAAGCACAGAUUUCUCAGAAUUCUCAGAUGUCACUGAUGUCACCGAUGUCACAGAUAUUCCAGAAAAUGAGGUCCCAGAGGUUCCAGAUGUGAGAAUUGUCACUGAAGUCACAGAAAUCACAGACCACUGUGAGGUCAGAAACAGCUCAGGGGUCACAGUGGUAUUUGACGGUGACGAUAUAGGAAGGGUUAUGCAAGAGCAAAAGGAAACACUGGAAAACAAUCGGGAAACUGAGUAUCUACAAGAUACAGGAAAUAAGGAUGGGUUAAAAGAACCCUCAGAACAUGUCACCAUCUCAGAUGUAACACUGACUUUUGAAGGUGAAAGAUAUUUUUAUGAUACAUUGACUUCAGACAAAAGUGCGACAAGAACAUCUGAAGAGAUGAAUAAUACAACCUCUGCAUUAAAGAUAACUGAUUUUAAAAACAUGGCUCUUGAAGCUGAAAGAUCCAGGAACGUGAGAACUGAUUCAGAUAGUUCAGACUUGUACAGUUUUUCAAUUUUCCCUCUGAUUAGCAUUUCUUUCCCUGUUUUUACACUGCUUUGAAUCACUUCUUUUUCUACUUGCAUACUCUUACUCACACUUACCACUUCUUGACCCCAAGAAAAACAAUGAUCAAUAAAAUCUUAAUUCCUUGUCCCAUUGAAUUUAGAUUGAAUGUAGAUUCAGAAUGACUCAGUAAUCCUGAUUUAUAUUCUAGGUGCAAGGCAGAAUAAUAACUGUGCCCCACUGCAGCAAGGAAAAUCCCUGAUGUUAACUUUGUCAGGUUCCCAUUCACCCACCUCCUGGGCAGUUCUAGUUGGAAACUAUGAUCUCCAGUUCAUCUCCCAAACCUCUCAGCAGUUGGAAAGAAUUUCACUUUUUCUUCUUCCUGAAUAAGAUUUUGGGUAAAAAUAUUUUUAUGGAAAGUCUCCAAGAUAGGGCCAAGGUUAAAUUUGUCUCUCAGUAUUAGAGCCCAUCUCUCUCCUUUCUUGACUUUCAAUUUCAUACCUUUUUAGAUUUUAUUCUUCUUAACUUUAUGGGUUCUUUACAGUGAGUACAAAUAGUAGAUUUAUCUAUACUAUGGUUUGUUUUUUUUUUUUUUUUUCAAAAUAUGAAGGCUAGAAGUUUGAGAAGAAGAGGGGAAUAUCCCAUAUGUUGGGAGUGGCCUCUCCACCCCACCCAUCUUUCUUUUCCACCUUCCUCUUAACUAUUACAAAUCAAAUUCCAUGGAAUCCUAAACAACCAGGUUGAUUCUCUGUUUACUAAAUCUGGACUAAAAUGAGAAAGAAAAGAAGGAUCCUAAAAGAAAACUGUUUUUGAAAUUUAACAAUGAGCUCCAUUGGAAAAAACAAAGAUAUUUUUGAUGAGGGAAAUAGAUGUGAAGAAAGAAAAGUAAAAGAGAAAAAGAAAAGGCCAAUGGAAAAAACAGAUAAACACAAACUACUAAACUGGAAAGCAAGCACAGCUCAAGAAAGAAGGAUCAAUGCAAGAGAUAAAGCAUUGUCUUCCAUGUGGCAGAAAUAAAGGCUACUACUAAUCAUUAA